AUGAAUUUUUACAAGAAUUUAAUUUCCGAUCUUCCAACUUUAAUUGCUGUGUUACUACUUUUAUAUGCAAUAAGAUACUAUUAUAAAUAUUUUACCAGAGUAAAUCCGCUACCUGGUCCAUUUCCUUGGGUGCCUUUCUUAGGAAAUUCACUUGAUUUAAUUAAAUAUAAAUUUAACAUCGCGGAAUAUUUUAAAGAUAUUCAAUCGAAAUAUGGCGAUUUCUGUGAAAUUUAUAUGGGAUCUAAUAGACUUAUCCUAAUUUCAAAUGGUGAUAUAGCAUAUCCAAUUCAUACUCCUUCAGUAACACUUAGUCGUAAAUUCUUAUAUCGCGGUGUAGGAAAUGAUGGACUGAAAGAAUUGGGUUUUGAAAAUAGUGGAAUGUUUGGUACUAGAAACUUAGAUGAAUGGAAAAUUAAUCGUGAAUUCUUCGAAAGAAUAUCAAAGUCAAGAAAUUUUUUAAUAAUGUUUACAAGCAAAUCAUAUGAAAUGGCAUCUAAUAUGCUUAAUUUAUGGGAUAUUUUGAUAAAUGACCAACGAGAUAUUGAUCUGUCUAAAUGGCUACCAAAAUAUUCUGCAGACAUAGGGGUCACAACAUGCAUAGGAAUACCUUCAUACUCAGUACUUUCUUAUUUUAAUUCGCUGGGAUAUGAUGAUUAUAAUUCUAUUUCAGCUUCAGAACGAGAAUUAUCUUUGAAAUUAGUGUCAGCAGUUAAUAAAAUUUUUCAAUUAGGGCAAUACGCUAUGAGAAAAGUUGAAAAAUUUUUUUCUGAAAUAAUUCAAAAAAGACACGCAGAAAUUAAUUCAUUACCUGAAGAUGCUUCGCUACCAUCCGACGACCUUUUAACAAUGCUUCUUACUGUUAACACAUCACAUGGUAUAGAAAUUCCUUCAUAUAAGUCCUUAAACCGAACGUUAGAUGAUCGUGAAGUUUUCGGAACUAUUAGAGAUAUUUUCCUUGCUUCUUUUGAAACGGUUGCGGGCGCAAUGUGUUUUGUAUUUUACUAUUUGUGCAAAUAUCCUUCUGCAAAAGCUAAAUUAAUUUCGGAAAUCAAUACGAUAUUCGGAAACUCAAUCCCUUCAAAGUUGGAUUACGAAAAUUUAAACAAUCUUCCAUAUUGUGAUGCCUUCAUUGAAGAAUCACUUCGCAUACACGCAGUGUUCCCAUAUUUUUUUCGAUCAAAUUCUGAACCUGUAGAGGUUGGUGGAUAUCUAUGGGAAAAAGAACAAACAUUUUUAUUACAUUAUAAGCAAAUAAAUGUUAAUAAAAAUGAUUGGAUUGAUGGAGAUAUUUUUGAUCCUGAAAGAUUUUUACGGAAUAAAGAUAGUGAGCGAGCGAUAAAUGCUAGAAAAGCUAAUAAUAAGGGGGCAUUUGCAACUUUUGGUGGAGGUGCUAGAGCUUGUCCGGGAAAGCUUUGGGCAAUAUCUGAAAUAAAAGUACUUUUAGUGGCAGUCUUAAUGAGAUAUGAUGUAGAAUUUGCAAAUAAAGAUCAAAGAAUGGAUUU